UCUUCCUGUCCGUGGAUCCGAGAUCCCUGGCUCCGGUGUGGGAAAACGGUGAAAAAACGAUUGACUCCCCUUUGUCGUCUAUUGUUACAUGCGCUGUUUCUGAAAAAUCCAUUUCGAUUGUGGGAAAUGAUUGUAUCGAUUGGUUUUGUUUUGGGUUCGUGAUUUCGAGGGAGGAAACGUGUUAAUAUUAGUUGCAUUGUUCUUGUGGUGGCCGCCUCUUCUGGUCGCCUGGAAGGAAUUUAAAAUAUUAAAAAAAAAUAAAAACAGUUGCUCGGGAAGGAAAGUAUGAAGUAACGUCAAAUAUUAAAGAGUCAGUUAUUCCCGAUUGAUUCAAAGCUGGAAAGUGGAUUUUGACUGUUGAAAAACGAGAUACUGGUUUUUGUAUUAUUGUUGAAUUAAGGCAUGUUCAUAGGCACUAGGCGUUUCGGAUCGAAAGCUCCUUUCGGUUUCCCGAAUUUUUGCCAGUAAAUCGUGAGCUUUGCUCGUCCAUAUUUUAAUUUCCCCAAUAACCAUCGUAUGUAAGUGUAACGGUAGUUCUAGUUCUAACUAGUUCUUGUGAUCCAGUGAUAUACCCACCGCUUAAAUACCUUAAUGAGGAUAUGUUUCGUUCCUGGUGAAAAAAUUGCGCGAGUGUAAUCUUUUCAAGGAAAAUACGCUUUUGUUCAUUUAAAUGUCGAUAAAUUCUUGUUUUUCACCGAUGAGCUUUUCCACCUGGAUGUGAUCAAUCUAAUUGAGGGAUGCGGUAUCACCGCCAUGGCGCUGGCUGGGACGACAGCAUUGCGGCCCCAGGUCUUCCACAAUUGGAUCCGUCUGACAGUGUUGAGGGAUAUGAGGAGUUAACAUUCGAAUCGACGGUUGUACCUCCGCCUGACUCGAUACAAAUCUUCGGUCCACUUAGACAAGCGGAUUGCUGGCGGCAUUCGACCAACAUUCCAGGGACAGAAAAUCUCGCCGAAAAGCAAGCGAGGACUCAUCUCAAGUCUUAUGUCUCGAAACAUUCCUGUUACGGUAAAGCUCCGGUCAAAACUAUGAUAAUAACGGAUAUGCAAUCUUUUUCUACAUUCCAUUAUCAGCUGGACUCGUUCGUGGAGAUGCGAGAGGUGGCGUGGGUGUUUGAAGCGUGGAACAGCGGUCUCCCGGUGGAGGAGCGGGGCGAGGGACAAGCACCCCUCCCGUGGGAAAUCGAGGUGGAACCCGAGCGACUCUUCCAGGACGAGGUCCGGGUCAUCCAGGUCCCCCACACGUCCGUCCUCAAGUCCUGCCAUCGCUGCUUCGGCGUCGGCACCAACUUCUGCAACGAAUGUAAGGGAAAAGGAUGGAUACGAUGUUUACAUUGUCACGGUGAUGGAUUCACGGCCGAUUCGGAGUAUCGAGAACGAUGUUUCUACUGUCGAGCCUCAAACCACGGUUACGGGCGCAUGGAUUGUAACAAAUGUCGUGCUACCGGCAAAAUGGGAUGUCCUCAAUGCGAAAAUUCAGGGCUCAUCAUUUGUUAUAUUCAACUAACAGUGACGUGGAAGGUCAACAGUUCGGAGUUUAUAUUAGAGCGGACGGGGCUCCCUAGGAAACUCAUCAGCGAAGUUUCUGGGGAAAUCGUUUUCAACGAGCAGAAUUCAAUCGUGGGCCCAAUAUCCGACUUCCCGGAAGAGGCGAUGGUAAAUGCUUCCAACAGGCUCAUCAAGAAACAUCAUAGACUGUACGCCGAUCAAUACAUCAUUUGCCAGAGACAAAGAAUACGAGUAGUGCCUGUGGCACUUAUCAAGUACACAUGGAAGGGCCAUGACGGAGAGUUCUUCGUCUACGGGAUUGAAAAGAAAGUUCACGCACCAGAUUAUCCUCAAACCUGCUGUUGGGGCUGCAUCAUCAUUUAAUGCCUUACAUUUUUUUUUUUUUUUACUCAGUUCCGUCAAAAAAUCUUGAUCCUACCUCUAAAAACUUUCUCUCGUGCAAAAAGCAAUCACCUCCUUUAUACAAUAACGUUGAGUAUGGCAUCGCUUGUUCUUGAAUGACGCUGGAAGUGUUUUUCAGAGGACUAUUGAAUGUAAUUCAGCAUCAAUGUGUAGAUACAUCCAUCUUAUUGACGUUUGUUAAAUUAUGUAAAUACAUUUUUCUCUAUUUUUUA